CUAACAAUUCCUCCUAACCUGUUUGAGAGAGGAUCUGAAGAUUCACAAUCUUACAAUCACUUGACUACGAGAUCAGAACUUCCAUAUCAAAAGUUUUCAGGGACAAUCAGAAAUCUAUACAUAAGAGGAGAGAGAGAGGUUUGGUCGAAAUAUGAGGAUGCAGAUUCACACAGAGAGGAGAGCAUCAGAGAGAGAGGAGAAAGAAAACAUUUAGGGAUGACUUACUGUCAUCGUCACAGCCGAUGUCGGUUAAAAGGAGAGAGAAAUGUUUCAAUGAUUCACAUUAUGUGGUUAAAUCCACGGUUAUCUAUGAAGAACGUUUUAAAAACAUUGUUGUUUAUACGAACGUACCGCGGCUUUUUAACCUAUAUCAACUAAAUUCAAAAGAAAUGAAGGAAAUCUCGCUCUUUCACUGCAAGUGUCUUUUCGGCCAUGAACCGCACCCGCACCGGGACCGUAAAGCCUACUUCGAUGGAUUUCAAGAAGGGGAGAAACGGAGUCGGAGUGGAGUCCGACGCAAGGAGGUAUGGAUCUGCCUCGGACCUGGGUGGAUGAUAGUUGACGGUUACAACAGGGAGCUCCGGAGUUGGACCUCCUUUGGAGCGCAGAAACAAAUGAUCGAAGACAAGGAAGAAGGCGAGCGAAAAAUUGAGGAGGAGUUGGCGAUCGAUGUUGCUGAAGACAGAUCUGCUUCUGCGGAAGAAGGAUUUGCUGAGACGAACCUUGUUGAGGCUGAAAUCAGUCAUCAGAAGUUUGCGGGGGUUCAAUUUGCUCAUCCCAAGUUUGCGGAGGCUGAUUUCGCUCCUCCGAAGUUUGCUGAAUUUGCUCAGCCGAAGAUCGAUGGUGGCGAAAAAACUGAAACGAAGAAAAACAUCGGAUCUGCUUCUGCGGAAGAAGGAUUUGCUGAGACGAACCUUGUUGAGGCUGAAAUCAGUCAUCAGAAGUUUGCGGGGGUUCAAUUUGCUCAUCCCAAGUUUGCGGAGGCUGAUUUCGCUCCUCCGAAGUUUGCUGAAUUUGCUCAGCCGAAGAUCGAUGGUGGCGAAAAAACUGAAACGAAGAAAAACAUCGGAUCUGCUUCUGCGGAAGAAGGAUUUGCUGAGACGAACCUUGCUGAGGCUGAAAUCAGUCAUCAGAAGUUUGCGGGGGUUCAAUUUGCUCAUCCCAAGUUUGCGGAGGCUGAUUUUGCUCCUCUGAAGUUUGCUGAAUUUGCUCAGCCGAAGAUCGAUGGUGAAGGAACUGAUACGAAGGAAAACAUCGGCUCUGAUUUUGCGGAAGAACAAUUUGCUGAGCCGGCUGAACUUGCUCAUCAGAAGUUUGCGGGCAUUGAAUUUGCUCAUCCUAAGUUUGCACAGGCGGAGUCGGAGGAGAAGCCUGCUGUAAUUGAGUAAACUUUGGAAUCGGGUCGGGAGGAGAAACCUGGAGAACCAUUGGAUUAGAUUCAAUUUUUAGACAGAAACUUUGGAAUAGAUUCAAUUUUUCCACAGAACCUUUGGAAUAGAUUCAAAUUUCCAGUGUAAAUGAUACAUAUAUGAAAUGGAAUGCUUUCUUUUUUUGUUCUGUUA